CCUCCACCUAGUCAUUGACACCCUUUAAAAGGUCUGUUAUCUUAUAUUCAGUACUCCGGCUCUAUCUGUUACCGGCAUCUUUACAAGGACUUGCUCGUUAUGAUCACCACCUUGACCACUGAGAUUUUCUCCGCGACUAGUUUCCUAUUCUGAUGGUUAUGACAUCGAUUAUCGAGAUUUUCUUUGCAUGAGAUUCUUCUCUCUGCGGUCAUGACAUCAACUAUUGAGUCCUUCUAAAUCAAUAUCCUGGGAUUCCUAUCCCUCACCAUCGAUCUAAUCAUUACUGAAAUUUCUCUACUUAUGAGACCUGUGCCCCUACCCUUUGUCGUCCAAUCUCAUUGCUAUUUGCUCUGUUCUUCUCUGUCGAUAUUGAUCAUUCGCUGUCUAUACCAUCAACUCUGGAACUUUCAUGAUGACUCGAGACCGGAUUGCUGACAUCUUCACGAUGUCCUGUCAUUCUGAAUGUUUUUGAGUUCCUCAUUUCUAAACUCAAACUUAUUCAACCAUCUUGAGUUUGGGUGGUUAAUGAGAAUGCUAUUAUUAGUGUUAUAUUAUGGCUUGACUACAACACGUGUUGAUAAUCAACAAUAUAUGACUUGCAUCAUCCCAUGAUUAUACCACAUGUUAAUCCUUGAUUGUAGCAUGCAUAGUUUGAUUAUGACACACAUUCUUCAUUGUAAUCCUAAUAUAAGUUGAUGUUCAUUGUAUGGAAUAAGAUCAAGAAAUGUUACUAGAACACACUUCAUUUUUAGUACUGACAUCAAAAAGUUAAGUUAAAGUUGGGCAUAAAUUUGAAUUUACACCUAGACAAAUAGAUUUAACGUUGUGCAGGAUCGGGAUUUUAAUAAAAAAUACAAAGUGAGGCCUCCAUGCCUUUCAUGGGAGAUUGAGCAGAAGUAAGAUUCUAGCUAAAUGUAAAAGAAAAUGCAAGAGACGUGAUUAUAUACAUUAUUCAGCCAACUUACCUACAUUGACACAUCCACCAUCUUUUCAUAAUCCAAUGCUUACAUUGAGUACUUUGCCAUCUAUUAAAUCCCCAUAAUGGUGGGGGGGAAAUUAUUGUGAAAUGAUCAUCCUUGGUAGUAAGCAUGUUUUCUUUUCCUAAUGUCAGAAAAGGUCUUGUUUCUCUCAAUACUCCUCUCUCUUUUAUUUUUCUUUCAUUUUCCAUAAAUAAACUAUGUUCUUUGCUGAUGCUAACAUGAUCUACUUUCAUCUGUAUUCCCGCCAUUUUCAGAUGCUAUCAAUGAGGAAUUCUCCAAAUUUGCAUCCCAUGUGUCUUUCUGGGGCUCUACAUCCUUCGCAAGUUUCCCAGUUGUGCAUGAGUUUUGGAGACAACACAUCAACGAUGAACUUGGGUGUAUUUGGAACGCUGCCUCUUAAUCCAGACUCCUCUGCUAACAGCUCGUUUGAUUUAAAAAGUCAAUGCACAACCUCGAAUCAAACUGUAAUGAUCCCUGCAACAAGCAUCUCUGCCUCACAAAGUUCAUUUGGGAUAGAGUCUUCACGUUCUCAGCAUCCCUCGUUUCAAUUUGGAGUACCCGAGGAGGAAAUAUUUACAGCAGACCUGGUACCGCGAGAACAGUUAGAUUCAGGAAGAACUGCAGGAAACCUGUCAGAAAAUGUGAUCAAAGCUGUGAACAUCGCUAGUUCUUUAAAUUUCGGAAGGCGGGGAUCAUCGUCUCUGGAACACCAUGACCAUUUCACGAAUGUGGUCUCGAAGAAUCAAGCGGUUACCCCUAUCUUUACUCAGGAUUUUGACGGCCUACAGGCGGGUGCAAGUUUUCGCGAAGAUGAUAUCAAGUCAGGCUAGGCAUCUAAUGCUCGGACUUCAAUCUUGAGCUGGCGAUAAAUUUUAUUGACCUUUUUAAUUUAAUCGGGAGCACUUUGACAUGUAAAGAAAAACUACUAAAUUUUUGUAACGUGUAACUAAAGUUUGUUUGAAGGGUGAACUUCUUUGAUAUUCAGAAGGUCAAUUUCAGAAGUUUCUUCCUAAAAGUUCCAGUCAAUUGUAAAUUUCUAAAGUUAAACUGAAAGGGAGCUUUCAACUCUCAAAA